AUGAGCGAGCAAACCCGUCGACGUGCCAAUUCGCUAGAGGCGGAGAAGAGCUUCCAAGUGCCGGAGGACGCGGCCGAGGCAGGCGCCAGCGGGGGUUUACACGGUAGACCACAUUUCCGGAAACAGUAUUCAGUUGGGGGCUUUGGUCCAACGUUUAGCGGCGGCGCGAGCGGCGCGAGCGGCGGAAUUGCGGGCGCUGGGAGCGCCAGCGCACAGGGACAUGGCGCGCGCGGGCGCGCUGCCAAGGCGCUGGGCAAGGGUCGCUAUAAAGGUUUCCACAACCCAGUAGCACUACACUCGCCAGACGACCCGAUUCCGCCCUAUGCGCACCCGAUCAAGCCCCGUAUCCCAGGGCUGAAUCGCACUAUAAGCGGCAACUCGCUUUUCUCUUCGUCGCAGGCAGCACGGGACCCACAACAGCUGCAGCACCAACAGCAGCAGCAGCAACGGAAAGGUUCUCGUGCCGGGUCGUUGUUCAAGCGGCUGACAGGUAUGAAGAUGACUAACGCAAGUGCCUCGGAGCCUUCGGAUCAGGAGUCCGCCGCAGCGAAUCCCACGGCAGGUCCUGCGGGUAUUCGGCGUAAAAUGAGUACACUUAUUCACGGGGGGAGCGGUGCGGGGUCCGGCCAGGCCCAAGACGCUGGCCACGUCUCAGGCUCCGACCUCAACAGCAAAACGAGUAAAAGUGGUUUUUUGAAUACCCCGUCAUCCACGAACAGUAGGCGCGGGUCGGCUGCUAGCAUCAUAACAUCCCCGAGCGGCAACAAUUCACCAAAGAUCAGCCAUAUCAGUAAUAGUAAUGUCAAUAACGCACUCAGUGCCACAAGCGCUAGCGCUAGCGCAAAUGACAGCGGCAACCAGGUUUCUGACUCCUCCGAGAGUCCGGGCCGCAAUGCCCUUAACAGAAGCACUAGCUACUUUCUGCUGGACACAGACUUGAACAAUCUUUCUGAUAUCACGAAUAUUUCAGACAAAAAGCCUAAAGAAAAAGCCAAGCUUCCCCCCAAAUCCAGGUCUCAGACCCCAGUAGCAAAAGUUCAACCUCAGGAUAUUGGAAAGGCGCCCCUGGUUGAUACUGAAACGAGUGCGCCCCACGAGGCAGCGCACUCAAAGGUCCAAUGGAUCGCCCCCGAGAGUUGGGACAUAGAUGAAGAAGUUGGAAAGCCACUGCCGGGCAAAAAAAACAAGCGGAGAGUUCACCGCCAUCACACAAGCAACACGACUUCAAAAAUCGACCGAGAGAGAGCUGGCGGUGCCACCAAAAAGCCUGGCCGACCUAAGCAAAAGGAAAACACUCCAAAACUUGGAUCGCUGAAAGAGGUUACUGACCAAGAGCACAAUCACUUGAGUACUACUGCCCAAGAAGAUACUAAAGAAUCUUCAGGGUCGGCAGCUAGCAUAAGCAGUGCUGCAAGUAGAUCUCAAGAGUUUAGUGAGGCCGCAUCUUCGACUAGUGACUAUGAAGACGAUUACGGUGAUGAAAGUCAUUGGCGCGCAGGUUCUUUAGACUCUUUGCAGACAUACGAUUCAGAUCAAGCUAAGAACGAUGAAGCAUUCGAUAGAGUGGGUUAUGAGCUUGACAAGUACUACAACGACUUUAGCGACAUAGAUCCCACGAGACGAUACGCAAUCAGAGUUUUCAACACCGAUGAAACCUUCACUACCCUAUCACUGACGCCUAAUACCACCGUACAGGAGAUGAUACCUCAGUUAAAGCGUAAAUUUAACAUUGGCCAGGGCAACUACCAAGUCUCCCUAAAAGUUGCCAAAAUUUUGAAAGUCCUUAGACCGACUGCGCGUCCGAUUCUCAUCCAACGGAAGCUUUUACUACUCAACGGUUAUCAGAAAGGAGACCCUCUGCACAUUUUAGGUAUUGAGGACUUGAGCUAUGUCUUCAAUUUCAUUUUCCACCCUGUUGCCACUUCUCAUUUGAGCUACGAGGAGGAACAGAGACUAACCAGAGGAGAUUUCAUUCAUGUUGAUUUACGAAGUAUGAAUCUGACAACCCCACCAAUCAUAUUUUACCAGUAUACUCCUAAUAUUGAGAGCCUUGAUGUUUCAAACAACGCAAACAUCUUUCUGCCUCUUGAUUUUAUUGAAAGUGCUUCGAAGCUGUCAAGUUUAAGAAUGGUCAAUAUCAGGGCUUCAAGAUUUCCCCCCAACAUCACAGAAGCUCAUGUUCUAGUUUCGCUUGACUUGGAGAGGAAUUUCAUUGAGCGAAUCCCGCCUUCAAUAUCCAACCUUAGUGAGCUCACUAUCCUGAACUUACAGUGCAAUGAAUUAGAUAGGCUUCCUACAGGAUUCACUGAACUAAAAAACUUGCGACUACUAGAUAUUUCCUCGAACAACUUCGCACAAUAUCCCGAGGUCAUAAACCAUUGCACUAAUUUACUUCAAGUCGACCUCUCAUACAAUAAAAUUCAAACCUUGCCUGAUUCCAUCAACCGGUUGACUAAACUAGCAAAAAUGAACUUGUCGAACAACAAACUCACGAAUAUCGGGAGCUUAUCUGGAAUGGUUAACUUGCGAACCUUAAAUUUGAAGGACAACCGUAUCACAUCUCUUAAGUUAGAGAAUUCUAAUUUGCAGAACCUAUCCAUCUCGAAUAACCGUAUUAGCGUCUUUGAUGACAAGUUGCCCAAACUUAAAUCAUUGGAAAUUCAUGAGAACCCUAUUACUUCAAUUUCUUAUGACGGGGAAUAUCUCGUUAACAUAGUGACGCUUUCGCUCAACAAGGCAAAACUUGCCAGUCUGCCUCCAGAAUUGUUAUGCAAGCUACCUCGUUUGGAAAAACUUGAGCUGAAUGGAAACAACUUGACCCAGAUUCCUCCAGAAAUCAGUAAGUUGACAAAGUUGGUCUACCUUUCAGCAGCGCGAAACAAGCUUGAAAGCAUAUCAGAAGAUAUAACAGAGCUCAGGAAUCUGAAGACUCUUGAUAUUCAUUCCAAUAACCUCAGUAAUCUGGUAAAAGGGCUAGGCAAAAUGGAACUGAUCAAUUUCAACGUCUCUUCGAACUUGUUGGGCAAUACCAUGGAUAUUCAAGAAGUCUUCUUGAACAGACGUGACUCCGUGUUGGCGAAAAGUUUAAGGUUUCUGAGUAUGGCGGAUAAUAACCUAGGAGAUCAAUUUUGGACGCUUUUCAACAUGUAUGAGAAUCUGAAAACCUUGAAUCUUUCAUAUAAUAAUCUCAGUGACCUCUCCAAUUUCAAGCUAGAAAACUUGACUGAACUUUAUCUGUCUGGAAACAAAUUUAUUACAUUGCAGGGUGAUACUGUUCUUAGGUGGAAGUCCCUAAAAGUGCUUAUGUUAAAUGGCAACAACCUGCUUUCUCUGCCAUCUGAAUUAUCUCAACUCACCCAGCUUAACGUACUGGAUGUCGGUUCAAAUCAGCUCAAGUACAACAUCUCGAACUAUCACUACGAUUGGAACUGGAACAAUAAUAAAAAUCUGAAGUAUCUUAACUUCUCGGGCAACAAAAGGUUUGAAAUCAAGUCUACAGCCGCACUAGAUUCUGAGUCCAAAGCUGACUUGUCUGAUUUGACAAUAUUGAAGGAGCUAAGAAUUUUGGGGUUGAUGGAUGUCACCUUGAAAACGUCAAAGGUUCCUGACGAGGGGGUCAAUAUGCGUCUUAGAACAACAGCAUCUGUAUUGAAUGGUAUGAAAUAUGGUGUGGCAGACACAUUGGGACUUAAAGAUUCGGUAACAUCCAGGGAUGUUACAUUCGAGAGAUUUAGGGGCAAAGAGGACGAGUGUUUGGUCUGUCUUUUCGACGGGAAAAAUGAAAAUGUCAGUACCGGGCAUAACAUAUCCAAAAUCAUUAGGGACAUAUACCACAAAAUCUUGAUUCGCCAACUGGAGAAGUACGGAGAUACCGCCGAGGGAAUCAAGAAUGCUCUGCGUUUCAGUUUCUUGCAGUUGAACAAAGAGAUUAACAGCACACUAAAUUCAGUUGACAAUGAGGCAACUAGUGAGGAUUUUUCGUCCGCAGACCUACUGAGUGGCUCUUCAGCUACUGUGUUGUAUAUGAAGGGUAAAAGGCUAUACACUGCAAACAUUGGAGAUACGAUGGCCAUUUUGUCCAAGAACAAUGGUGACGUUGUGCCACUCACGAAGCUCCACGUUCCAUCAAAACGAGAGGAGUAUGAAAGAAUACGUAUAUCCGGUGGUUAUGUGAACAAUUACAAACUUGACGGCGUAUCUGACGUUUCAAGAGCAGUUGGGUUUUUCGACUUACUACCUCACAUUCAUGCAUCGCCCGACUUGUCGGAGUUUAAUUUAACUACCACCGAUGACUUAGUGAUUAUCGCGACUGCCAAGCUGUGGGACUAUCUAGAUUACCAGACGGCCUGUGACAUUUGCAGAGAAAAUAAGGUUGAGCCCAUGUUAGCAGCAGAAAAGCUGAAAGACUACGCAAUAUCAUUUGGGUGUGCAGCAAAUAUGACUAUUUUAUGCAUAUCUCUGGAUAAAUCCUCAUCAAAUCAAAAUAACUUUAUGCUGAACAAAAACGAUCUAAUUUCUCGGAGAAGCACCUUUGAAGAUUCAACAUUAAGAAGGCUACAACCAGAAAUUUCUCCUCCUACUGGUAACCUAGCCAUGGUCUUCACGGAUAUCAAAAACUCCACUUUUCUUUGGGAAUCGUUUCCUAACGCAAUGAGGAGUGCGAUAAAGACUCAUAACGACAUCAUGAGACGCAACCUCCGCAUUUUCGGAGGCUAUGAGGUAAAAACUGAAGGUGAUGCUUUUAUGGUAGCAUUUCCAACCCCCAUCAGCGCCCUUGUUUGGUGUAUGAGUGUUCAGCUGAAGCUGCUAGAGGCAGAGUGGCCAGAAGAAAUCACUUCUAUUCAAGGUGGUUGUUUGAUAACCGACAAUGAGGAUCGCAAAAUAUACCUGGGUUUGAGUGUUAGGAUGGGAAUCCAUUGGGGCUGCCCAGUGCCAGAACUUGAUGUUGUCACGCAACGUAUGGAUUAUUUAGGACCUGUGGUGAACAAAGCAUCAAGGGUUUCAGGAAUCGCUGACGGUGGCCAAAUCACUCUCAGCAGUGACUUUUGCUCUGAGUUCAAUAAAAUACUGGGUCUUCACGAGCGUGUGGUCAAAGAGAACGCGCCGCUGAAGGAGGUUUAUGGGGAAGAGUUUGUUGGUGAAAUCAUGGAAAGGGAGGUUCAUCUUUUAGAAAGCAUCGGAUGGGAGUUCCGAGAGCUUGGAGAGAAAAAGUUAAAGGGACUAGAGACCAAAGAAUUCAUCACCAUAGCAUAUCCAAAGGCACUAGAAGCUCGCCACGGUUUUACUACAAGGGACGCCGAGACUAGUCUUGUUGAUGAGGAAACUCUGUUCCAAUUAAGAGCUGUUUCUACCAAGUUGGAAAGCCUUGUGUCUGUCCUGAAUGGUGUUAUGCUUGAAAAGAAGGAGUAUAGCGAAGCUGGCAGCUAUGUGAACUUAGACAAAAAGCAAAUUUCCGCCGUUUCACAUUCAACCACAGAAGGAGACCGCAUAGCUUUGUUAGACCACAUUAUAACAAGGUUGGAGUCUAUUGUAGCAACCCUACAGAUACGGCAGAGGGUUGAGGGGGCCCUCGAGCCACCAAAGAUAGGAGAUGCAGGCGGGGAAAGAUCAAUUUUCGAGAUCGUGGACCAGCUCCUCCUGGAGACAGGACGUCUGACGGAUAGUAGAAAGUAG